UCCCGAUCCGUUGAAUUGCGUUGCGCGAGCACUUCAGGUGGUUCAGAGUCUGAAUUCACUCUUUCAUUCCCUUCUGCUCUUGUGUUCUGAACUUCGACUGUGCUGCUGCCAACCAGGAGCCCAGGUAUCGCUCAAUAGGUCCUAAUUUACGGAUAUUGAAGCUUGUAAUUUCCGUGGGGAAUAAGUCGGGAGCAGCUGACGAAAGAUGUCUCUGGCUGCUCUGACUUCGACAAUGAACAACGUACAACUUCAAGAAACGCGAUCCAGCGUCUUGUCCCCGAGCGUGGCGCCCUCUGCAAUCAAUUCCCUAUUGCUCCCCGAACUUCUCGCCUUGGCUAUUGAAAUAUAUGUCUCCGACUUUCAUGAAAGCUUCCACUCUCCAUUACGCCGACCGUGCAUGGUCCCUUUCUAUGCCUGGAUUCGCGUGACCCAUGUUUGUCACUACUGGAGAGAGGUGGCACUUGCAACACCUCGAAUAUGGCGACAUGUUGCUCUCUUGAGAGAGCCCUGUCUCCGGGAGAUGCUUGCAAGGUCGAAACAAGCAUCCUUAACCGUAUACGCUAUGUUUAUUUAUAAAGACGAACUCUGGCAAUUUACCAAAAUGCUGAAUUCCGUCUUGGCGGAGACGCACCGGAUAAAGCAGAUCGAAAUUGACAUGAGAGAGCUAGAACUAGCCUCAACUUUCGCAGACACUCCUGCCCCGCAGUUGCGCUCAGCAACAGUGUACGGUCGAGGAAGUUACUCUCUACCCCUUCCAGCUUGGUUUCAAGUGCCUGCGUUGGAGACGCUGUCCCUUUCAACCCUCACCGCGAAAGACGUGUUGCCACUGCUUCGACCUUCCCUCAAGUCGUUGGCAUUGACCAGUGUCGGAUCAAUGAACUGCAUGAUGACUAUUAGCGACCUGCGCGAUGCCUUGCAACGCACGCCCUUGCUCCGUCGUUUGCGUCUGACCGACGCUGUAAAGGGUGUGGCUAUGCCAACGGGCAUUUACAACGGGUGCCUACCUUCAAGCAUGAGAAUCUCACUCCACCAGCUCGAGGAUAUUUCCAUCAUAGGCCACUCAAACGGCUUUUCAGCCAUCUCCCUCUUAUCCAGCUUCAUUUUACCCUCCCAUAUCGAUUUCUGCCUGAUCUUUUACGAUCUGUAUUAUCUUGAUACCGCAGGACCGAUAUUGGACUGUAUAAACCAGAACGUAGUUGAGGGCGUCAGAAAUCCGUUUCACUCAAUCCACGUAUCUGCCUACCGCGGCGGUCGAUUCCAGUUCACCGCUGAAUCACCGCUGCCUACCGAAAGGAAACUUUUGGGCGACCGCGUAUCGGCAAAAUUGACAGUCGGAUUCUCUAUGUACGCAAACGAUGCCGAAGAAUGGCUUCAAUAUCUCUUCCGUACCCUACCAUGUUCGGACGUACUCAAGAUCACUGUCGGCGACUUCAUCACGUUCUCAGCAGAUAUAUGGAGAACAUCUUUCGGUUCUGCGACUCGCUUGGAAACACUGCAGGUCAUUGAACAGGCAUCAGUUACCGUUCCAGAGGUGUUGUUCUCGGACGAGUCCAACGAAAGUAAUGAGCCGAUAACUAUCAUUUUUCCAAGUUUGCGGCAUCUCAUCUUAUGGCGUUGUCGCUUCAACGUCGAAGAACCUACAAUAUACCUAGACAGGCUUAUCGCAGCCUUACAGCGGAGGAGAGAAAGCGGUUUCAAGCUAGAGGAACUGACUCUUCGGCAAUGUUCAUGUGUAAACGAAGAACUUGUCGAGAGGUUAUCAGGGGUCGUGGAGAGUGUCCAUUGGGACGCUGUGAAGUUGUAGUGGUUAUGCAUUCUGAUAUCGAUUGGUGCGCAGAAUCUGGUUUCAGGUAUGUUCGCUGUUACGGACUACGGACAGAAUGAACAUUGGACUUCUUGCUUCUACCCAGAACUUUUUACUAGUACCAUGUGCCCUUCUCUAGAAACUGCAAGUAUACAGGGCAGUAGUCGGGUGGCCCUUUCCUGCUUGUCAUUUCUUUUCGUCCUGAUCAGUUAGAGCCAGUUUUCAACAGGUGUAAAACACGUUACUCACCUU